AUGCCUGGAAAGACUCUUACACCAUAUGAACAGGUCCCUGUGACUAAGGAGGAUUUGGACUGGGCCGAACUCGUCACUCUCGACUUGAGCCAAUUCGAGAAGCCAGGCGGCAAGGAAGCUCUUGUCCAGCAACUCGAGCACGCAGUCCGCCAUGUCGGCUUCUUCUACGUCAAGAACUUCAACAUCAGCCAAGAGGAAGUAGACCGCCAAUUUGCUCUCGGCCGCGAAUUCUACGACCUCCCUCUCGAAGAGAAACUCAAACACCACAAUCUCAAAGACCUCGAAGCCGGCGAAUACAACGGCUACCGCCCCGCCGGCCUUCGCUCCCUGGCUCCCGGCAUCGUCGACAACAUCCAAGUCUACAACAUUCCCAAAUUCGACGGUCACCACCACCGUCAACACCCCGCCGUCCUUCAAGACCACAUUGACGAAAUCGAAACCUUCAGUCGCAAAUGCCACUCUGAAGUCGUGGUAAAGCUUCUCCGCCUUUUCGCCCUCCUCCUCGAAGUCCCCGAGGAUUUCUUCGUCAAGGAUCACGCUUAUGACGAUUUUGGCGAGGAUCAUUUGCGCUAUAUGCAUUAUGCCGCUCGCUCUGCAUCCGAGAACGCUAAAGUGGGUGAAUUGUAUACACCAGGCCACACUGAUUUAGGCUCUGUGACUUUGCUUUUCAGACAACCUGUUGCGGCAUUGCAGAUUUUGAACAAUGAGGGACAGUGGAAGUGGGUUAAGCCUCAGGAUGCGACCAUCACGAUUAAUACCUGUGAUGCAUUGACCGCAUUGACGGCGGGGUAUGUGAAGAGUAGUGUGCAUCGUGUCCGCGCACCCCCAAAGGACCAAGCACAUGUGGAUAGAUUGGGAGUGUUGUAUUUCGCCAGACCCAACAACCACGUCUCCCUAACCCCAGUCAAAAGUCCUGUCCUCUCCAAACUAGGACUCACGGAAAACGCUUUUACCAAGAUCGGUCAAAAUCUUACCAUGCAAGAGUGGGUCAAGGUUCGUCAGACGCAGCAGCAGAGAAAGACGGAGACGCCGGAGAUCAAAGAGGGCAAGUAUUUUUACAAGGAGAAGGAUUUGGAGAUUUUGCCGGGGUUGAAGGCGGUGGUGCAUAAUUAGGUGGGAAUAUGAUCGGAGGGGGAGGAUAGGAGAGGGUGUGAGAGGAAGGUUAUUUUGUAUUGAAAGGAAUGGUUAAUUGCUUUUACUACGUUGGUGGCACAGUAACGCGAACAGGACAGUUGAUGUGAAGAAUAUGGUGCGUAGAUGAUUCAGCAGAGGUGGUAAUGGAGGAUUAGG